CUCAUUCCUUGCUUAUUUUAAUUUUUCUAGCUUUGCUUAGGUUCUGUUUUGCAGACAGAGAGAGAGAGAGAGAGAGAGAGAGAGAGUGUUUCAGAAUUUAGAGAGAGAAUUUUAUUUUGUUUUUUUGGUUAUCUUUUUUGGUUUCUCUUACAGCGUUUUUGUAGGUACUGAGGAAGAAAGUUUUGGCAGAAUAACUUUGUUGGAGAGAAUAAAAUUCAGGCAAGGCGUUGAAGUUGGAGAGUAUUAGAUUGGAAGCUUAGAAGUUUCUCUUUGGACCAAAGAAAUGGAGGUAUAUGGCAAUUCUAUGGUUGCAGCUCCUUCAAAUGUUAUUUAUCUGUCAAGUAUUUUGGGCCAAGACGGCCCAAUUACUGGUCACAGAUGCAACUGGAAAUGUGAAAAUGAACAUGUUUGUGGAAACAUGUAUCGCUGCAAGAUAACAGGGCUGACUCACAUCUGUGAUAAAAACUGUAACCAGAGAAUUCUGUAUGAUAACCAUAGUUCACUUUGCCUAGCAAGUGGUCAAAUUUUCCCCCUUACACCAGAAGAGGAACAAGCAGUGAGAGGUGUUCGCAGGAAGCUGGACACAGAGAAUUCGCCCUCCGAUAGCUGUGGUUUUAAGCGUAGAAGAGAUGCUCAAUUUCAUCCUUCUCCCUUCGAGAGAUCUUUCUCUGCUGUCAGUCCUAUCUGCAGCCAAGUUGGAGAUGGCAUGGAUAUGAAAUAGAUAUCUAUUAUAUAACUGCAAAGACACUUCUUUAUCAUUUCUCUUGUCCCUUUGAAGUUUUUUACGUUUUCUAUCGGAUGAGUAUUGAUAACAGAACUUGAACAAUUAUGGAUUAUUUAUUGGUGGACAUGAUGUGUCCCCAUCUUCUGUAGGAAGUCCUUAUAUUUCUAGUAUUAAUGUAAUGUAGCCUUUAAAGUAGCUUGACUGUUGAAUGGGGAUCUGAGCAGGGUCUUUGUACACGACACAUUUAUGACGCUUGAAUUUACUUCCGUUUUCUGCUAAACCUAGUGAGAAACUGACUGUCAUAGCUGACUACGGAAUGCAUUCUGGCCUUUUACAUUGCUUGAAUUUAAUUUGGAUCUCAAUGAUGCAUAUAUGAGCAAUGUACUUAACUGUAAUCCUUUUUUAGCUGACCAUCAAGUUUCUAGUGUAUCUGUAAUCACAAAGCAGCCUAUUAAUAUAUUCAUUACUAAUUUACUAUUACUACUGUCAUGAACUUGUAUUCCUUAAUUCUGUAUGAACAGAAAACACUUAUUUUGUCCUUGAUGAUAAAUCUAUUUAGGGUCAUAUGAAAACCUUGAUUUCUGUAGGCUCAGGUUCUCUCCAGUUUGUCAUAUGAACAGAGUUAUUGGUAUGCUAUCUGGUGAAUUGAUUUUGGUUUUGCUGCUUGACUCUUCCUAUUUCUGUUACAGGCUCAAGGGAGAUGAUCUAGUUCUCAUUUUUGUUCUUCUUAAUCAUUUUCUGAUAUCUUUUUUUUUUCUGUGAUUUGAUUGAUGGUUGGCUGUCUGAGGUUAAUGUAACUUGUGCAGGUUUUGAAGCAUAUGCUAGGAAGGAGCGUUCAGAACUUUAUUUGUGUUGCAUUACUAAAUUAAUUCUUAUGAUAUAAAAUUGUUCUAUGUUUGAACAUCAAUUAUUGAUAAAUAUCUUCUCUUCUUGAAUGAAUGCAGGCAUUGCAACUUCUGCUCGAGUUUUUCUUUGGUGAAGUUUGGAGAAGCCAACAGUUAUGGGACUAUAAAGAGUUUAAAGGCUAAGUAGGAAAUCCUAACACUACAGGGUGUCAAGAAUUGAGGCAAGAACAUUUAUGAUACUGUACAGAUACGGUAGAGACACACUAUUCAAAGAUGAAAAAGUAGAUGUGAGGUGACAAGGGCAAAUAAAGGGGGGCUUUAUAAGGAAAGGAUACUUGUCAGCAGCAGCAUCAAUCUUUCAAACUUGCAUAGUGCUCCUCUUUGUAUUCAAGGAUUGAAAAUAAUGACCUGGGAUUGAAAAUGAAUUCUCUCCUAAAUGCCAUGUUACUGUUUGCCGCCAAAUUUUGUAAUUGUAAUAUGUUCUAGGCAGAUGUAAUUAUUCUUUUAUCGGUUUAUAGGCUGAGGCUGAUGAAGGUUUUUAUUAUGAUAUUUGUUAAGCUCGAGGUUUGUAAUGUUGCUUUCAUUUUCUAACUUUUGACAUCCUUAUUAAACAAAAUUAUGUAAUUUGGCUUGUGAUUGGAUGUUA